AUGGACCAGGAUCCGCUCCGUGCCCUUGCGACUAAGCGUUGCUGUGCUCUCCCAAGCUCCGAUGCUCAGAAGCAGAUUUCAACGAUAGCUUCAACUUCCGGAUUACCCCCCCUUCCGCAAACCCCGACCAAACUUCCCAAACGCCCACGCCGAGCCGAACUCCCGAGCCUAGACGUCCAACAUCACGAUUCCUCGAUCAAACCGCUUGCGAAGGAGAAGCUCGGCCAAUUAGGGCAUACGAAAGGGGCCGUUACUCAGCACGAGAAUCAUCGUCCGGGACAACCGAGCUCGAAACCACUGCGAUCCCUUUGGCAAGAGCGUAUCAACGUUCACUCAGCCUUACCCCUCGAUUCGUACACAGAGAAUUAUCGUAGGAUCUUUGGAUAA